UCCAAUUCUCUCCACUCAAAAUCUCAAACCCUCUCUCUCUCUCUCUCUCUCUCUCUCUUACCUCCUCAAUCCAUGGCCGCUCUCUCGCUCAACCCUCUCUCCUCUCUUUUAAAUCACCCUCUCAACUCAAAACUCCGCCUCAAUCUCUCUCUAACCCUCCGCUCUCUUAACACUCGCUUUCUCUCUCCUCCUCUUAAAAAACCCUCUCCUUCUCAUUUACACGUCAAAUUCUUCUCACCCCCCUCCUACUCUCACUCUCUGCUUACGAGGAGCAAUCGAGGCCUCGCUCGCCGCUUCUCCUCCUCCACCGCCGCUGACGAAACGUUUCAGGAUCCGAUAUCACCUUUUGAAAGCACCAGUAAAGGCCGUAUCUACCAUGAAACAUAUGGAUGUCAAAUGAAUGUUAAUGACAUGGAGAUUGUUCUAUCAAUCAUGAAGAAAGAUGGAUACAUGGAAGUUGUGGAGACCCCAGAGAAUGCAGAGAUUAUCUUUAUCAACACAUGUGCCAUCCGGGACAAUGCUGAGCAAAAAGUCUGGCAGAGACUUAACUACUUCUGGUUUUUAAAAAGAGAAUGGAAGAGUAAUGUUGCUGUUGGACGAUCACAGUCUUCACGCCCUCCAAAGAUAGUUGUUCUUGGAUGCAUGGCUGAGAGGUUGAAGGACAAGAUACUUGAUUCAGAUAAGAUGGUUGAUGUAGUUUGUGGACCUGAUGCAUAUAGAGACUUACCACGCUUGUUGGAAGAAGUUGACUAUGGACAGAAGGGAAUCAAUACUCUUCUUUCCCUUGAAGAAACUUAUGCGGAUAUCAACCCUGUGAGGAUUUCAAAAAAUUCAGUUACAGCAUUUGUCUCAAUAAUGAGAGGGUGUAAUAACAUGUGCUCCUUUUGCAUUGUUCCAUUCACAAGAGGAAGAGAGAGAUCUCGUCCAGUAGAAUCAAUUGUGAGAGAGGUUGGUGAACUAUGGAAAGAGGGUGUGAAGGAAGUUAUGCUUCUUGGUCAGAAUGUGAACAGUUAUAAUGAUGUUUCAGAGGUUACAGAUGUUGAACUAGGGUCAAAUUGGAGACUUAGUGAAGGAUUUUCAAGCAGGUGCAAAGUGAAAAAUAUGGGGUUGCGUUUUUCUGAUCUCUUGGAUCGUCUAUCGUUAGAAUUUCCAGAGAUGCGUUUCAGAUAUACAUCCCCUCAUCCAAAGGACUUCCCAGAUGACUUGCUUUAUCUGAUGCGAGAUAGGUACAAUAUAUGCAAAAGCAUUCAUUUGCCAGCUCAAACAGGAAGUACAACUGUGCUUGAGAGAAUGCGACGUGGUUACACACGGGGGGCUUACUUGGAACUUGUGCAAAAGAUACGUUCUAUCAUUCCUGAUGUGGGGAUAAGCAGUGACUUUAUAUGUGGUUUUUGUGGGGAGACCGAGGAGGAACAUGCUGAUACUCUAAGCCUUGUAAGGGAUGUUGGUUAUGAUAUGGCCUACAUGUUUGCAUACAGCAUGAGAGAAAAAACUCAUGCCCACAGAAAUUACACUGAUGAUGUUCCUGAAAACAUCAAGCAGAGGAGAUUGACUGAGUUGAUCGAAACUUUCCGAGAGACCACUGGACAAUGUUAUGAUUCUCAAGUUGGAACUGUCCAGCUUGUUCUAGUGGAGGGACCUAAUAGCCUUGGGCACACAGUUGAGGCUGACAGAGAGCGGCGGGUCCCAGAGGUUGGUGAAUAUGUGGAAGUUUGUAUAGUGAAAUCAACACGGGCGUCUUUGUUUGGAGAGGCAAUUGCACGGACUUCCUUGAGUGCCUUCUAUUCUGAACCUCGGUGUUAAUGCUACAACGGGGGUGGUUUAUCUUACUUUUUCAGAAUGCUUUGAGACUAUGAAUUUUGAGUAAUUUGUUGUUGAAGAGGAAAAGGUCUGUAGGAUUUUGAGUAAAAUUUGGAAGAUUAAUGAAGCAAUCUAUCUCGAGAGA